CCCGGAAGUUUGUACCUCAUGGCUGGCGCUCUCGAGCUCGAGCGUGCGGUGAUUUUAGAAGAAGCAUCACGCCCCGAUGAAGCUGCAGAAUUGCUUUCGGCAAUAGCAAAAUCUAAAACGAAUGGCGAAGACGAGCAGGCAAUGAAAGUAAAGGAACAAGCAGUGCUACGUCUUGGCGCUCUGUUUGCCAAACAUGGGCAGGCUGACGAGCUGGGAGGCCUUAUUAAGUUUGUUCGACCCUUUUUGACGUCGUUGUCAAAGGCAAAAGCGGCCAAAAUGGUGAGAACGUUGCUGGAUCUUUUUCUCGACAUGGAGGCAUCGACAGGAAGAGAGGUGGAGAUUUGUUUGGAGUGCAUAGACUGGGCUAAGAAUGAGAAGAGGACGUUUCUUCGGCAAGCAUUAGAAGCUCGUUUGAUUGCUCUGAGGUAUGAAGCAAAGGACUAUAUAGAAGCAAUAAAACUAAUUGGGUCUCUUUUGAAAGAACUAAAGAAAUUGGACGACAAGGCAUUACUCAUGGAGGUACAAUUGCUAGAAAGUCGUGUUUAUCAUUCAUUAGGGAAUAUAUCCAGAUCAAGAGCGGCACUAACAUCAGCAAGAACAACAGCUAAUGCCAUUUACUGCCCGCCAAAACUUCAAGCAGAGCUCGACAUGCAAUCAGGUAUUCUACACGCUGAAGAGGACGACUUCAAAACAGCAUUCUCCUACUUCUACGAAUCAUUCGAGGGCUUUGAUUCUCUUGAUCAUUCGAGAGCCAUCAGCUCUCUUAAAUACAUGCUUCUCUGCAAAAUAAUGCUUAACAGCCCUGAAGAUGUACAGAGCAUCGUCAGUGGUAAACUGGCUCUAAAAUAUGCAGGCAAGCAGACUGAUGGAAUGAAGAGUGUGGCCACAGCUAGUCACAAUCGAUCAAUAGCAGAAUUCAAGGAGACUCUAAGUACUUUCCAGGAAGAAAUCAGUGAAGAUCCCAUCAUUCGAGCACAUCUGGAUGCUCUCUACGACCAACUGUUGGAGAAGAAUCUUUGCAGAGUGAUCGAGCCCUUCUCACGUGUCGAGAUUGCUCAUGUGGCUGAAGUGAUCAACUUGCCUCUGACGACGGUGGAGAGGAAGUUAUCUCAAAUGAUUCUGGAUAAACAGCUGCACGGAAUUCUCGAUCAAGGCGAGGGCGUUCUCAUUCUGUUUGAUAAACAAGAAGAGGACGACACGUACGCCGCCGCGUUGGACACGAUUAACAACGUCGGGAAGGUCGUGGACGCGCUGUACAAAAAAGCUCAGAAGCUGACGUGACCUGUGAGGGGAAGUCCCUUCGUUUGUUGCUUUGUUUAGUGCGCAUGUAUGGUUCAUGCUAAUCAGCUGUCAUUGGCACUCUAUUUAUCAACCCACUUGGU